UGCGGGCUGAGGCCUCUCCGGAGGUGCCACUCGCCGCCGGUAGUGCUGUCAGCGGCUGGCUCGGUGCUUUCCCCCGGGCGGCGCUUUGCUUUCCUCCGGCGCGGAGCUCGCAGGCACUGCGGCCGCUCGUCCCCUCGGCUCAACUAGUGCCCGCAGCUUGCAGGUCCCUCGUCAGACAGCGAGUGGCGACGACCUGGAGCGGGUGGUUGUUCUCUCCCGGCCCGGAGUGUAUCGCGUGGGGGUGGCCAGUGUUUUGGGUAUUACACAGAAGCAAAAGCAACAAACCCACACACAACACAUAACACAAAUUGAGGCUGAUCAUGAAGACCUUUUGUGGAAGAGCUAAUCCAACCACUGGUUCGAUGGAGUGGUUAGAAGGGGAUGAGGACUAUGACUAUCAUCAGGAAAUAGCAAGGUCACGCUAUGCAGAUAUGCUUCAUGAUAAAGACAGAAACACAAAAUAUUACCAAGGUAUUCGUGCUGCAGUGUGCCGAGUCAAAGAAAGAGGAGAGAAAGCAAUUGUUCUAGACAUAGGGACUGGCACAGGUCUCCUGUCUAUGAUGGCAGCUUCAGCAGGUGCAGAUUUCUGCUAUGCAAUUGAGGUUUUCAAACCCAUGGCUAAUGCUGCUGUAAAGAUAGUGGAGAAGAACGGUUUUCAUGACAAGAUCAAGGUAAUCAACAAACACUCCACUGAAGUCACAGUUGGCCCAGAUGGAGAUAUGCAAUGUCGUGCAAACAUCCUGGUAACAGAAUUAUUUGAUACAGAGCUGAUAGGAGAAGGAGCUUUACCAACCUAUGAGCAUGCACACAAAUACCUUGUACAGGAAGGAUGUGAGGCAGUGCCUCACAGGGCAACAGUGUAUGUCCAGCUAGUGGAAUCCAAAAGAAUGUGGUCGUGGAACAAACUCUUUCCUGUUCACGUCAAAGCAGAGGAUGGUGAAAAAAUCAUUGUCUCCCCUUCAGAAAUGGAGAACUGUCCAGGUGUUCCUUCUGUUUGUGAUAUCCAGCUGAACCAGAUGCCUUCAAGUGACUUCACUAUCCUUAGUGAUGUGGUGACAAUGUUCAGUGUGGAUUUCAGUAAGCCAGUAAGGAGUGCUUCGACCUACUACAGAGUGCAGCUGGAGCCUGUGAAAUCUGGCAAGGCACAAAUUGUACUUUCCUGGUGGGACAUUGACAUGGACCCCUCUGGGACAAUAAAUUGUACAAUGGCUCCGUACUGGGUAAAAUCCACUUCUGCUUUCCAGUGGAGAGAUCACUGGAUGCAGUGUGUGUAUUUUCUUCCAAAUGAAGAGUCAGUUCUCCAGGGUGAGAAAGUGGACCUGACUGCCUGUCGUGAUGAAUACUCUCUGUGGUACAAGCUGCAGAAAGCCAGAGGUGAAGAGGAGAGUAAAGCAGAUGUUCGUGUUGAGAGUCCUGUUUGUAGAUGUCAGGCUCAUCUUCUUUGGAAUCGACCACGCUUUGGGGAGUUAAACGAUCAGAACCGAACACGCCAAUAUAUUAAGUCUUUGAUGAAAGUUCUGAAAACAGAUAGUGUGUGCCUGUGUAUCAGCGAUGGCAGUCUGCUGCCUGUGCUGGCUCACUAUCUCGGAGCAAAGCAGGUGUUUACAUUAGAAAACUCUUCUGUGUCCUGUUCUGUCAUGGAAAAAUUUUUUAGAGCAAAUAAGCUGGAAGAUAAAAUAAAAAUAAUAGAAGCACGCCCUGAGUUGUUGACACCUUCUCAUUUGGAAGAUAAAAAGAUUUCUGUUCUUGUGGGAGAGCCAUUUUUCACUACAAGUUUGUUACCAUGGCAUAACCUGUAUUUCUGGUAUGCCAGGACAGCUGUGGCCAGUCACCUUACCAGCAACGUCACUAUCCUACCUCAGUCUGCAUCUUUGCACAUGAUGAUUGUGGAAUUCCAGGACUUGUGGAGAAUACGGAGUCCAUGUGGCAUCUGUGAAGGUUUUGAUGUCCGGACUAUGGAUGAUAUGAUUCAAGUAAGAAGACUGAAGAGUUUCAGCACAACUCUUGGCAAAACAAAUUCUCUGAAUUUUAGGGAAUCCAGGGAAGCAGAGCCUCACCCUCUGUGGGAGUAUCCUUGCAAGUCACUCUCUGACCCCCAGGAAGUUUUGACAUUUGACUUCAGAAAGACUGUACCACAACACUGUGUCAGCUCAAAGGGUUCUGUAAAUCUUUUAAGGAAAGGAAAGAGCCAUGGAGCAGUUCUGUGGAUGGAGUAUCAUCUUACUGCAGAUAUCUCUGUUAGUACAGGACUGAUGGAAAUUUCAAAUGAAAAGGGAAACUGUGAAUGGAAUCCCCACUGCAAGCAAGCUGUCUAUUUCUUCAGUUCUGUUAUCGAGUCAGAAGUUCUGUCAGACCUUCCUAGUGCUGUCACCUAUGCUAUGAAUUUUGACACAAAGACAGGAGAGAUUACCAUGGAUUUCAAGCUAUUGAUUCUGUCCGGGAUUUGAGGACCCUACAGAUGCCUCCUUUGUGAACGGGGGCCACUAAUGAAAGAAUGAGAGCUGAUUAUCUUCCUGUGUGCAAAGGGCAAGCCCUUCAGUUGCAGAUCUGAUGGUGCCCUUUGCAGGGCUGUGGGCACAGUGCCAGGGUAUCUUGGCCCUAAGUUACACACAAGACACCAGCCAUGUAACCUCCUGUUCUCCUCAGGGUGUUGCUAAUGUGCAGCUGCUCAGUGCACUGCAGCAGCAGCCUGUUUGCCGUGAGUUUUGUCUCUUGCCCCUGUUACUUUCCACAGCUUCUGCCCUUUCUUGCCUUGCACAUGGCUCUCGAAGGUAAAGUGUUGCACCCGUGCUUUGGAAGAGUGAAUGCUGCAGUUCUACUGAGCGGACUCCUCGAGGCUGAUGGAUGCUGCUCUCUGCACUCCCAUGAAGUGACUGCUUCCAUCAUUUUACAGUAUCUAAGAAACCAAUUACUCACAACACUGAGAAUCAACAAAUAAAUAGACCUGUGUCAAUGAGUG